AUGGCUACUGAAGAUGAUAACUUCGAUAUUGACAUCUAUGGAGAUGGCGGUAGCUACAACGCCAAUGAACAGGGGGAAUACAAGCACGACGAUGAGAUGAAGCAGGAUGACACGGAGCUCAUUUUAGACGCACCUGAUAGUGCCCAGAAUGGUGGCAAUGUGUCGACAAAAGCCAAUGCGAAGCAUGAACAAGCCGUCCCAACAGCUAAUGGCGACCAUGUAACACACGCAGAUACGGCAAAUCAGCAGCAAAUGCAAAAAGACACACCGGCCCCCCAGCAGGGUGUGAAACGCAAGGAACUUGAAGAUCGCCCAACUGAUCCCGAUGCCACUCCUGCUUUGCUUAUAUCUGAUCUGUAUUGGUGGACUACCGAUGACGAUAUUCGCGGCUGGGUUCGGGAAAGCGGGUGUGAGGAUGAACUUAAGGAUGUAACAUUUAGCGAGCACAAGGUGAACGGGAAGAGCAAAGGGCAAGCGUUUGUUGAAUUCACAUCGCUUCCGGCUGCAACUGCUACUAAACACAAGAUCGAGUCAUUUGCCUCCUCGGGACAGGCGGCGCGGAAGCAUACGGUCAACUACACCAGUCCCCAGCCAAAUCCAUUCCGCACUUUACCCAAGGAUAAUAUCAUGCGGAAGGAUGGUCAAUCACGCCCCGGCUUCUCCUCGACGACAGCCAACUAUACCCCUCUGAACAACAUGGGUGGGGGCUUCCGGGGGCGUGGAGGAGGCUAUACUGGCCGCGGUGGAAUGGGAACCAACAUGGGCGGCUUUGGUGGAAAUCGCAACUUCCAGAACCCCAUGGGUGGUUUCCAAAACCCAAUGGUCGGUGCCGGGUUUCAAGGAAAUCAGAUGGGAAUGCAGAAUUAUGGCUUUAACAAUCGUGGAAACAUGAUGGGCGGCAACAUGCGGGGCGGACCUGGAGGAAUGCGUGGUCGCGGUGGUGGUAUGGGUAGUGGACCGAACAUGAUGAACAUGCCAGGCAUGAAUCCCAUGGCUAAUAUGGGAAUGAAUCCCAUGUCAGGUGGUAUGAAUCCAAUGAUGGGUGGAAUGGGCGGAAACAUGGGAAUGCAAGGUGGCUUCCAAGGGCCCAACCAAGGGUUCAAUCAAGGCUUCUUCCCCCAGAAUCAAGGCGUGGGUGAUGGGUCAUGGAACCCUCAUGGCACGAAGCGCAGCCGACAGGAAUAA